CACUAAAGCACGCUCUCCCUACAACCCAAAGAAUAAUCAUUUGUGCUUUUAUUUUGAAAGCAACACGCCCAACCGGAAAUCGUCCUUUAACAGAUUUAGUUUUCCUGCCUCGGGUCUCUUCUGUGAACGGCACGAAAACAUAGAAGCCCGAUGUUUGGUUAAUUUACCUGAAACUGAGGAAAGCCAGCACCCAGGUACGCUAAAUAUGACCGCGAGGAGUACCGUUACCGACCGUGUGUCGACUGCUGGAAGCUGAACGAAGAGUGGAUAACCGCAUCCGAAGAGCGGAAGUUGUUGAACCGACCAAAACACUCCGAGUGGACACGACGGUUUCCAUUUAUUGUCUCGUGCAGUGUGCAGAGAAGACCUCCUUGGAGUUUAGGAGUUUGAAUAACUAAACAGGCACCUCGGCAGACAGGUGCUAUGAGCAGUGAGCUGAACGUGCCGAUGGGGUCCCCGGCCCCAGGGGUCUCAGAGCGGGCUUCAGGCAGCGGGGGGAUGGACUACAGGGACUGGGUGAGACGCAGUUACCUGGAGCUGGUCAGCUCCAACCACCACUCGGUGCAGGCCCUGUCCUGGAGGAAACUCUACCUGAGCCGGGCCAAGCUGAAGGCCUCUAGCAGGACCUCUGCACUGCUCUCUGGGUUUGCAAUGGUGGCCAUGGUGGAGGUGCAGCUGGAGAUGCAGUACAGCUACCCUCCUGUGCUCCUCAUUGCCUUCAGCGUGUGCACCACCGUGCUGGUGGCGGUGCACCUCUUCGCCCUGUUGAUCAGCACCUGCAUCCUGCCCAACGUGGAGGCCGUCAGCAACAUCCACAACCUCAACUCGGUCAGCGAGUCACCCCACGAGCGCAUGCACUACUUCAUCGAGCUGGCCUGGGGCUUCUCCACUGCCCUGGGGAUCCUGUUGUUUUUAGCCGAGGUGGUGCUCCUCUGCUGGAUCAAGUUCCUGCCUGUAGACUCCGGCGGGGCCAAAAGGGUAACCGCCUGCUGCACCACUACAGUCACCGCCGGCGCCAAGCCUACGACGCCCCCAACUGAAUCACGGAACAGUGGCUGGCAGGCUGCGCUGGCAUCCACCAUCAUCAUGGUCCCAGUGGGGGUGAUUUUUGUGGUGUUCGCCGUUCACUUCUACCGCUCUCUGGUGGGCCACAAGACGGAGCGUCACCACCAGGAGAUCGAGGAACUGCACAAGAUAAAGGUACAGCUAGACGGCCACGAGAGAGGCCUUCAGACUGUGUGAAUACAUAAGCAGCCUUCAGGAUGUCCCUCUGUGUGUCAUCAUGUAUCUUCUCUCUGAAAGUUGUCCUGGUCAUUGUUAAUGCCUUGCUCAUAGGCAGCGAGCUUUAAAGCUCUUCACUUUGCAGCACAGACAGCCAGUACACGUCAGAGUGCUACUUUAUUCUUAAGAUGCGUUGUAGGACCUUGUGUCUGUUUUAGAUCUGUUCUAUGACUCGCUCAAGGAUAAUGUAAAAGGUUUACAGAAAAAGGGCUAUUAUGUUCUGUGUGCCAUUUUUUUUUUGUGCCAUGUCUAUUUUUAAUGGUAGGGUGUGGUGUCGAAAGCGGGUUCCAUUUUGGAUCUGGUUCCAUCUUGGCAAAAUACCUGGAUUCACUGUGAGGCUAACAAAUCUCUUAUUGGAGCUUAUAUCUCCCCUCACGCCUCGCUAGCAAAGAGCUGCCAUCAUUCUCGACAGAGGAAACAGUAAAUGCCAUAAAUAUCUUGCCCUAAUGCCAAAAUAUGUAACUUGACUUGUCUGGUUAUUGUGGUCACUGUAAGCUGGUUUCUGUGCUCAGCCAAAGAUUUGUUUUUUAGAGAAAGAAGAACAGGAUUCAGGAUCAGAAGCUGAUUACAGAUCUGAUACUUUGAGAUUUAGUUAUUUAUAAAUCUAGUUCCUUGCAAAUGUUUAAUGCUAACUGGACUCAAUAAGAGAUUUGAACCCCAACCCUGUUCCAUAGUGAGUGCAGGUCUCACUGUUUCCACUAAACCUUCAACUCAGUCUGGAUUAUAUUAUUCAUAAAACUAAGCUUGUUGUUUUCACUGUAAAGUGGCAUGCAUUACAGUGCAAGGUGCUUGGUCUAUGGUUGACUGAUUGAGGGCUUCUGUAAAGUCUUAAAAUGUUUUGCAUUGAAAUUCUUGGGAGGUCUGUGUUUUUACAUCCAACAUCUCAGACAAGCCCGAACAUAAGUUUCCUCCUUCAGAAAGCUUUUGUUGUCUUUGCAAAGACCAUGGCGGCUGUGUAAAAGGUGUCAGCUAAUCGAUUCUACAAACCGAUGCUGCUCAAAAUUCUUGUAUAUGAAUGUGUUACUGUCCAAACAUAGUUCUGCCUUACAGAGUGAUUGCCUUUUAUGAACUGCUGUUUUGCUAAAGGUCAUCAACCCAAGCAGAUAUUUUUUGCUGGAAAUGUAGUCAAGACAAAGCUUAAACCAAUGAAGAUUACAGGUGGAGUCUGCGAUUCUGGAGAUAGAUUUUUGAACUCAACACACACAUAAAUACCAAGUAACAUAAGUUGUUUACUUAAGAACCAACAUCCCACCAGCGCUCCUUUUUUACGGCCCUCUCGCUCCCACUGCUUUUCCCGUUACACAUCCAUGCCCAUUCCCCUGUCCUGUGCACAAGCACGCUGGAAUAGUGUGUGGCUCAGACCAAGCCACUUCAUUUGUUCCCCAUUUACAGAGCCAGGCCUGGGUAUGAACACCGGACAUUGCAAAUACAGUACAGACCAUGAGGAGAUACUCACGGAAUUUGCCAAAAAGUGUAUUUGAUAAGAAUUGCAGACUCAACCCUAAUGUUCAGUUGGAUGUGGAUGGAAGUGAGACCAGUCACAGAGCACAUGUUGAGACCUUCAGAUAUGAAGAAAAUACUGGAGAGCUUUCAGUAAGUGUGGGUUAAAGGCUCGACUCACCAACCCGAUUAUCGGCCGUUGGACAGUCUGGCGAGGUCGGAGAAAACACUUACUGGAAAUGACGAGCAGGAUGAGCGUGACGAACACCACGCAAAAUCUGAAGAAAAUCGUUUUUUUUUUAGGUCAGACAGAUUCAGCAACUGUGUGGCCUAUUUCUCACUUAAAAAUGUUUCAGAAACAGGUUUCGGUAAACUAUUAUAUUAAAAUACGAGAUCGUAUUCCGAACGAGACGCCAUUCUGGUCGGUUUUGAAAUUCAGGAGAAGCCAGACCCAC